AACCCUUGUACUGCACUGUCUGCUCCUUUCACUGUGUUCCUGACAUCCUAACAAUACAAGCUCAAACUGGAUUCAAACUAAGACAAAUCAAGGGAUAUCUGUAGCGAAUUCAAGGUAAGCAAAUACCUUUGUUAAUCAACAAUCAUGGCUCCAUACAGUUUAUUGCAUCUGAUGUCCAAAGUGUGCUUGGAAGAAAAAAUGGAAUUCUCUGCUACUCAGCAUCUCUCUUAUGCAAGGAGCAAAUGGUUUCAACUCCCCGACCCCGAGACUGAGAGCCACAGCGACGUGUGGAGCAUCAAACCACCAGAUUUCUCUCUUAAACUGUACAGGUCUCUGUCAGUUCCUCAGAAGGAAGAAAGAAAGACACAUUCAAAUGCAGCAGUGGCACCUUCAAGUAAAGCACAGAGGAAAACUGGAACAUUUCUACCAAGGGUUUUACAUGAGGGUUUCCGAAGAGAAGAGUCUCCAAAGUUCCUCACAUCAUACAGGCCUCCCGAUUCUCUUGAGUCCGAGCUGAUGUUUGUCAAGACUGGGAAGUACCUUUGUGGGCCUUACAAGAACCCAAAACCACAUAACUUCAGACCGCUCAAUGAGGACCUUCCAGACAUAGUUACUACAUACGAAAGAGAUCCUGGUAACCUGCAUUUGAAGUUGAAGCACUUGGACAUUAUUCAAAACACUACCACCAGGUCAGACUUAACUUCAAGGGAUUCCAAGAAAGGGAUGGACACAUAUAGAGCUGCCGAGCCAAGAUGGGAUGCGAGGCUCAUACUCCCUCCGCUGCUCUGGCCUCCAAAAUCAGCUUCCUAUACUAGACACAGAUGCAGAAGAGGAGCGUACAGUGCAUUCUUGGACCGUGUGGAAGAGAAACUCUCAAGAUCAUGGAAAAAUAGAUCCUAACUUUGUAUUUUUUGCUUAUUUAAAAAUUAAAUGUAUAUGUACAUAUCCCUGAUGAUGAUCAAAUAGGGACAUAUUUGGAGAUUCUAGUAGCUUUAAGGUUCUGGCUGUCAACAUGCAGGGACUUUGGGGGUCAUAAAGGUCAUAAAACCACAUUUAAGACGCCCACUGACCACGGACAGCUGCUCACCCGGUUCCCCAAGAAUUAUAAACACGCCAAGCCUGCACAUGUUCGAAGCAUAUCUGAAAUAGCUGAACAGAUGCGUUCAAGGAGUAAUCCGUGACUCUGGGCAUAACUCGCAGACUAAAUAUAAAAUGAAAAGAAUAUCAGUCACUGCAUUAAACCUCAUGACCCACACGCAGCCGUGUGUUUGUGUUAUUUUAAUCCCCUGUUAUCCAGUCAAAUGCUGAAAAAUGUAAUGUAAUCUUCCAUCUCAUGCAUGGCAAAUAAAGAUACUUACCAGAGCUGUUGUGUUCAAAUCAUAGGUUCAAACGUUCAAACGUGUCUUGGCAGUUGUGAACAAUCUUUAAAAGGAAAACACAGAUAGUAAAGUUAAGAAAAAUCCUUGAAAAACAAUAAACUUAAUCCGAGUCUGUUAAAUCCUCUUAUAAAGUAAGCUUCAGGAAAUUAGCACUUAACUACUUAAGAAAAAGCAAACAAAACAAUGUAAUAAACCCUAAACAAAAUCUGAAAGGUUUCAGCUCUUAAUUGUCAUUUUCCAUUAUAUGUAAGAUUUUAAGAGUGGUCAGUAUGACUUAAAAUUGACAAUUUUUAACAUGUUUAAUUAGCUUAGAAACAAAAAUACCGUAAUACCGUAAUGAA